GAAAACUUUAAGCCUGCUGAUUGGACGGUUGUUCACGGAAGUUAAAUAAAAAAUAAGUAAAUAAUCGUUCCGUGACUCUGAGAGAAUCUAAAACCAACUAUAUUUCUUUCCUUGCGUCUAGUAGCUUGGGAUGUUAUGUCACUGCUUGUCUCGUUUACCUGCCGGAUGUUGAGUGUGUCUAGGUGGCUCAUGUGGAGAGCUGCUCCCUGUCUGCUGAGACCGAACCCACCUGGACUCACGUGUGUUCUGGCUGUUGGCAAGAAGGAUCUGACGGAUCUCCCAGUCCUAGCUGAGGAUGAGCUGGAAGAGCAGUUUGUGAGAGGAUCUGGGCCCGGAGGACAAGCCACCAACAAAACCAGCAACUGUGUGGUGCUUAAACACAUCCCCACAGGGAUUGUGGUGAAGUGUCAUCAGACCCGAUCUGUGGAUAUUAAUCGAAAGCGAGCCCGUGAAAUCAUGAGGGAGAAACUUGACGUUUUCUGCAAAGGAGAGUUCAGUGAAGUUCUUGUAAAGAAGAAAGAAUCUGUGUUAAAGAAACAGGAAAAAAGAAGAAAAGUGAAUGAAAAUCUGGAGAGAAAAAGACUGUUUAAGGAAGCUCUGGCUGCACACUCCAAAGUGGGAAACGAUCAAGAAUGAUAUUUACCUUUUCACUGUUUCAAUUUAAAUAAAAAAUUACAAACGAGGAAAAAA